AAAAUUACAAGAAAAAGAAUAUUCUCUUGUACCAAAGCACUACAUAUAUAGAGGCCACCACUCCGAAACCCUAAACCUCUUUAAUCGCAUUGUAUCGUAUCGUUUUGCCUCUCCGCCGAAACACAACACAGUUGGUGAAGGGUGAAACAAGUUUCAACUGUUGUGUGGCCAUGGCUCUGAUUUUGCAUUCAACAGACAACAACAAAAAUGCCUCAAAGGCACUCAUUGCAGCUGAGUACACAGGUGUUAAGGUUGAUCUUGCAAAGGACUUCCAGAUGGGUGUAUCCAACAAGACACCUGAGUUUCUUGAGAUGAAUCCCAUUGGAAAGGUUCCUGUGCUUCAAACACCUGAUGGACCUGUUUUUGAGAGCAAUGCCAUUGCGCGUUAUGUUACCAAAACAAAGCCCAACAAUCCUCUUUUUGGCUCUUCAUUGAUUGAAUAUGCUCAAAUUGAACAAUGGAAUGAUUUUUCUGCCACUGAAAUUGAUGCAAACAUUGCACGAUGGCUGUACCCACGCCUUGGCUAUGCUGUUUACAUCUCUCAAGCUGAGGAAGGUGCAGUAGCUGCAUUAAAGAGAGCGCUUGGUGCUUUGAACACCCAUCUUGCAUCUAACACAUACUUGGUUGGACAUUUUAUCACACUGGCUGACAUCAUCAUGGUCUGUAACUUGAGCAUUGGUUUUAGGAUGAUAUUGACCAAGAGCUUUACCAAGGAAUUUCCACAUGUAGAGAGAUAUUUCUGGACUGUUGUUAAUCAGCCUAAUUUCGUCAAGAUAUUGGGUGAGGUGAAACAAGCUGAAUCUAUCCCUGCUGUGCAAUCCAAGCCUGCACAACCUGAAAAACUCAAGGCUAAGGAGGAGCCAAAGAAGGAGGUUAAGAAGGAAGAACCAAGUCCUGUAGAGGAGGAAGCAGCACCCAAGCCUAAGGCAAAGAAUCCUCUUGAUUUAUUGCCUCCAAGUAAGAUGAUUCUGGAUGAUUGGAAGAGGCUUUACUCCAACACCAAGACUAACUUCCGUGAGGUUGCUGUUAAAGGUUUCUGGGACAUGUAUGACCCCGAAGGAUAUUCUCUCUGGUUUUGUGAUUACAAGUACAAUGAUGAGAACACAGUUUCGUUUGUAACCUUGAACAAGGUUGGUGGUUUUCUGCAGAGGAUGGAGCUGGUACGCAAGUAUGCUUUUGGUAAGAUGUUGAUUGUUGGUUCUGAGGCCCCAUUCAAGGUGCAGGGCUUGUGGCUUUUCCGUGGGAAGGAAAUUCCCAAGUUUGUUAUGGAGGAAGUGUAUGACAUGGAACUCUAUGAAUGGAAGGAAGUAGACAUCAAUGAUGAGGCCCAGAAGGAGCGAGUUAGCCAAAUGAUUGAAGAUCACGAGCCUUUUGAGGGACAGGCUUUGUUGGACGCCAAGUGCUUCAAGUAAAAAACAACACUGUAUUGGAGAUUGAGCAAUGUUACCUUUUGACUGAGGCUGUAGUUUACUCUGGUUUUGUCCUCCCAAAUUUACUUAGAUUCUUGUUUUAAACACUAUCUUGUCUUAAGAGAAACUAUUAUCUUUGCAGUGUUUUUUUUCUUCAAGUUAUUGAUUUCAUAUGGUUCAUGGGAUAUCUGUGGUUGAAAUUUGUUAUCCUUUUCAACUAAAGCAGUUUUGACAGUCA